ACAGUACAGAGACAACGAAAUGCAUUUACCCCCUGAAUUACCCCUGAGGGUAAAUUUACCCCAGGUUGGGGGCACUCGGUCUAGAUCUCUUGUUUCCUUUCAUCUGACCAUAGAUUAUAUUUUGACGGAUGCAAAGACUACAAUAUAAUCUUUGCAUUUGACUAAUCUGAAGAAGGGUCUCGACCAGAAACGUCACACAUUCCUUCUCUCCAGAGAUGCUGCCUGUCCCCGCUGAGUUACUCCAGCACUUUGUGUCUUUCUUCGGUGUAAAACAGCACCUGCAGUUCCCCUCCCACACACCAACAAAGCUCAGUCAGGCAGCAAGAGACGGGACCAGUUGAAGAGCGGAACCAUUGUGCUGCAGCUGGAGCUGGGGCCGCGGCACUGAUGUGGCUGUGGGCUGCGGCGAGGCGAGGCCUGUGGGCGGGCGCCGUCACUCCGAGACCCCGGGCUCAGGCCCAGGCCCACCCCGGCCCCGGCCGCUGGGGCUCCCCGCCGACCAGGGCGUUCAACGACGGGGGUGAAGCGGCCGAGCCCGACGAGCAGCAGCAACUAGAGGAGUUAAUCAGGGCUGAGAAGAGAAAGUGGAAAGCCAUAAAAUACCGGAAAAUUCAGGCGGAGUUUGAGAGUGGCGGAGCUCCAACGAGAACUCUAACUACAGAGGCCCUGCAGCAAAUCAGGUUUUUGAAGGCACAGUUUCCGGAGGAGUGGAGCGUGUCACAGCUGGCCGAGGGGUUUUCGGUGAGCGAGGACGUCAUCCGGAGAGUUCUGCGGAGUAGGUUUGUCCCUUCGCCGGAGAGGAGGAUGAAACAGGAUGCGACAGUUGCAGCACUGAACCCGACUCUCUCGCCCCGAACGAAACAAGCGGCCAUCGGUUUACCGCAGAACUCAGUCCUGGCCGACUACAAACUGGUGGCGGAUAAGGCACCUCUGGCCAGACUAUCUCCGGGGCCAGACGCUCUUCCCGUUCUCCCUCCGAGCAGAGCCGGGGAGAAGAAGGUGGGAAGAUCCAAGCCAAUCCAGCAGAGAACUGGUAUCGAGCUCGCUGACCAAGGUGGGGUUGUGAAGGCCAACACCAGGAGGAAGGGAGCAACUGGCAAAGGGAGGGGGAAAGGCAGGGAACUCUGUGACACCUCCAGCGAUGAGCAGCUUGAUACUGCUGGGAAAAUGGACCAGGAAUUGGAGGAACUCGCUGGCAGAGGGAAGGAAAAUCACAUUGUCGUUGUCCAGAAAGACCAUGAGUUUUAUGACCAGGAUGGCAAUUUCCUUUAUAGGAUUAGUAAACACUUAAAUAAUCCCAAACAGGAAGACUGACAUGCAUUUAGUGUUUGUGAAAGAGGGAGACAGAUGUCUGUGGCCCCUUUCAUUGCCUGGUGGGAUCUCAAGAGCAAAGAUCCUAUAGCGGAGCAAGAUAAACCACUCCUGCUAAAUGCAAUGGGCUGACGUGUAGUAUGCAACGGACCGGAACGUGGGCCUUUUCUUCAUCCAUUUCCGUAACCCGACCCGACUUGCGGUGUAAUCGAAGUUGUGGGGGAACAGUUUGUGUUAAUAAAUUAAAAUUCUGAAAAUGAUGAGAAGAUUUUUACCAAAGAACUUUUAUUUUUACGAGGACGUUUCCGUAACCGGCUUCCGUCUCCGCACUAGUAUCUUUGCUCCGCUACGGGAUCUUUGGUGCGGAGACGGAAGCCGGUUACGGAAAUGGGGCCGAAAAUUAUCCAUGAAUCUGCCCAUGACCGAACUACAUCUUUUUCGCCGAGUGAUCUACCUUGCUCGCUAUAGGAUCUUUGCUCAAGAGUGUUUCACAACUGGUCAAGUAAUUUUGACUUGCAGUCACAUUUGUUCUGUAGCAAAAAAAAGCCACCAAUCUGCACACAGCAAGAUCCCACGGCAGCAGCAUGGUAAUGAGGUGAUCAUUUUUUUGUCACACUUUGGGGAUAAAAUCUUAUCGGAGCACCACUGAGAACUUCUGUACAUUUGAAAAGUCAUAAGGUCAUAAUGAAUAGGAGUAGAAUUAGGCCAUUCAGCCCAUCAAGUCUAAACUGCCAUUCAAUCGUGGCUGAUCUAUCUCUCCCUCCAAACCCCAUUCUCCUGCUUUUUCCCUAUAACCUCUGACACCUGUGCUACUCAAGAAUCUAGCCAAGUGCUAAUCAAGGGCUAUAAGAUCUUUGUUUACUGUCUUAUCUGAGGUGCUUCACCUCUGGGAAGUGCAGGCACUGAUUGAGAUAGUGGCAGUCUGAUGUGGAGGGAGUAAAGCGACAGACAUGUUGGGUAUCAGCUGUGGAAUUCUUGGAUGGAUGAUAUUGAGUGUUGAAGCCAUUGGGGAGUCCCUGCCUCAGAGAGCACCUUGUGUUAAACAAGAUUGCCUACGGUCAAAGCUUUUGAAAUGCUUCUGUGAAUGUUCCCAGAGUGGACGUAAUAAACUGAAAUUAAAGCCAAUUCUGAUCAUCCUUC